GAUGUGGAUGAAAACAGCUCACAGGGACUUGAACAACUAUCAAUGGCGGCUCGUGGCGAACGCCCUGUCCAAGUGCUCCCUGCCAAUCUUCGUGAAGCUGGUGUUCGCCGAGAUCUGCAGAUGGAGAAGCUACACCAAACCGGCUGACACUCACUUAACGUGCACGGUGAUGGACAGUAUCAUGAUGCUUUUCGAAAGGAUCGAGAAACAGCAUGGUAAAAUUCUGGUGUUCCACGCGCUGGCUUACAUCACUGCCGCAAAGUCAGGCCUGUCCGAGUCCGAGCUCGAAGAUCUGAUCUCGUUGGACGACAAAGUGUUGGACGACGUGUACCAAUAUCACUUGCCACCUGUUAGAAGAAUCCCGCCUUUACUCUGGACCAGGAUACGAAACGAUCUGCCCAAUUACCUGAGCGAAAGAGAGGCUGACGGUGUCAGUGUUCUUAAUUGGUAUCACAGGCAAUUCAGGGACGCUGCUAAGGAAAGAUACUUCAAGAACAUGAACAUGGCCAUGUAUUUCCACUCAAUGAUCGCCGAUUACUAUCUCGGUAUUUGGGGCGGUGGACGACCAAAACCAUUCAAAUACACCGAAAUCCAGAGGCACAGGUUUAAUUUAGCGGACAAAGAAGGAGUGGCGGAUAGAAAAGUACCAGAGCAACCUCUAGCGUUUUACUCAAAGGAUGGCACAAUCACUAGAUACAAUCUAAGAAAGUUUGGCGAGCUACCCUUCCACUUGGUCAGAUCACGACGUUUCAACGAUUUGUUUGAGAACGUUUUGUUCAACUACGAGUGGCUCCAUGCCAAGUUAAGCUCUUGCCCGCUGCAAGCGGUGCUUUCGGAUUUCGAAGAUGCGUGUAACGCGCUCCGAUUAGGCGGUGCGAUUUUAGGAUCGCAUCCGGAUAUGCUCGCGCCCCAAUUAAUAGGCAGAUUACUACCAGAAAUCGGUGGCAAUGUGAACGUGAAAAUGCUGCUUCGUGCGUGUGACAACGACGGUGCCAAGGAUUGUGCUCUGCUUCCGGUUUAUCAUUGCCUACAUACCCCUGGAGGACCGUUGAAAUACUCGUUGGAGGGCCACCAAUUCGCCGUGUUUGGCUUUUGUCUAACAUCGGAUUAUCGGUACGUGGUUUCAAUAUCCAAUCGAUUCAUCACGUGGGAUUUGAGCACCAGUGACAUGACGCGGGACGUAAAUCCCGGUGUUGAGGGAAUCAUGCAACAUUUGGUCCUCAGUCCUGACAAUAGAUACGCAGCUGCGUUUACUACUAAUAAUCAGAGUGUCGUGUUAAAUACUCUGACGAGCGAGUUCGUUAUAAUCGACAAUCCACUUCCAAAUGAAGACCCAGUAUGCGGAGUACAUUUGACGAAUCAAUUCUUCUUCGUCUAUGGCGUGGAACACACAAAUUUAGAUGAUUAUAGGAUAGUAUUUUGGUCUGGAAAUAUGGAAGACACUAGUAUGCUUUUGCAUACUCAUAGGAAAAAAAGAUCACUGGAACCUUUGCAGUUUCACAGUGUAAUGGUAAUGGCUAACAACAGACAAGUUCUGUACGCCUGUACAACGAAGGAAGAUUAUCGGGUCACGAAAUACGUCAGCGACGAAACAUCCUGUCAGUGGGAAAAAGCUUUCGACAUGCCCAGAGCUUUCAACGACGAUGUAGAAUAUUUAUUGCAAUUGAAGCUGGACAGGGAAGAGGAGAUGCUUCUAGCUACGUGUGCCAAUGGUUUCAUCGCGUGGUUCUUAGAGAGUAAGAGCGAUGCAUACGUCUUGAUGUUGCCCAAUGGAGUUAGAAACAUCAGCACGAAGAUGAUGUGCUCGAAUUCGAUUAUGAUCAGUGGCAGUAAGAAUUACGCCGUUGCUGGUGUCAGGAAAAAUAUAUACGUUUGGAAUCUUGAAACAAGCGAAUUGGUGAAAAUCCUGGAUGCCCACUUUGCAAGGAUUAUUCAAUUAGAAGCAUUGACCAUUGGGAAUUGGAACAGUGUUGUGACAUCGAGUAUCGACAGAAGCGUGAAAGUAUGGAAUAUUAACAAUAUCUUCGAACAGGUUCAUGUAAUCGACAGGCACGAGUUGCAGAUCGAUAUGAUAAGCUUGGCAGAAGAAUGCAACUUGGCAGCAACAGUGACGAGAGAUUGUGUAGGAAUUUGGGACUUGCAAACGGGAAGACUGAUCUCAAAAUUGGCGGAUAGUCCUUUGGGAGCAAUUGUCACUCAUGCUUGCAUGACUCACGAUGGAAAGUAUAUCGUUUCAACAGAAUCAGGUAACAUACUGAUAUGGAACAGAAUUACAGAGCAAGUAUUGUUCAAAGAGGAGCAGCAGCAUGUGAGGCAAUUAAUGUUGGUCGAAAAUUCAUCUAAAUUCAUAGCUGUUUCAAGGCCAAAAAAUCCCGCAGGAGUAGAAAACAUGAAAACCAUUGCUACUCUUUUUAUGAGAACUAUUCCUGAUGGCAAGAGAAUGUUUACGUUGGAGUAUUUAGUCAGAAGUCACACGGGUACACCAUUUCGGAAUGUUGUAAUGACUUCUGACAAUUCUUUUUUGAUUGCUCCAGCAUCUGACAAGGGCAACAGAGAUUGUGUCAUCAUCUAUAAUGCAAAUACUGGAGCACUAAUAAGUAAAAUACCAAUAAAAUUACCAGGAUUUAAAGAUAUUUUAUGUAUUACUCCAAUGCCGAAUAAACCACAUUGGGUAGGAAUCAUUGGAUCUGAUAAAGGUACCAUUUUGGAUAUAAAUAAAAAAAAGUUUAUCCGUACAAUUCCCAAGUGGUGUGGCAAUAUCAGCAAAGAUGGGAAAUAUACUUUAUACGCGCCUAGCAGAGGCGGUUUGGAGCUUUUAGAAUUGAAGAAAGGUACUACCGUAAAGACCUAUAUUCCAAAAGUUGCAGAGGGUGUUUUCACAGUAAUAUCCAUGUUCAACCGCACAGAUGAAUAUGUUCUUUAUUACCAUAGUGGAAGAAAAACCAUACGUGUAUUCAGAUCAUCGGACUGUGAGAUCAUAGCAAACUACAGGGUUCAAGCAGAACUAAGCGCCAUUGAUAGUACUUAUGAUGGCAAAAGUAUAGUUCUAGGAACGGUAGAUGGUUGUGUAUCUGUUUUAGCUAUAACAGAUCCAAAAAAGGAAGAAAUGAAAGAUUACAUUGCAAACUUACCAUCACGUGAUGAAAAUUGGAAAAAGAAAGCUGAGAAACAACGAAUAACUAUCAAAUUCAAAGCCGCUGCUCGAAUAGCUCGUGUAACACACGACUUGAACGCAAUUGUACGAAAUACAAAUAUUACGGAAACGAUUGAGGAAUUAGACGAAAAUAUAGAA